AUGGCCGAGAAAAGAGCCCAACCGCGCAGCUCGGCAUCAUCUUCGACUGACGUGAACUCAGAUCACCAACGCCAGGAUGUCCAACACGUCGAAAAAGAUGCCACGCAAACCGAAGGACAAUACGAACUAGAUCCGGUCAUGAACAAACGUGUUGUCCGCAAAUGCGACCGCCACAUCAUUCCCUGGCUGUUCGGAAUUUGGCUGUGGGCUUUCAUCGAUCGGUCAAACAUCGGCAAUGCCCGCAUCGAUGGACUCACAGAAGAUCUCGGUAUGAAAGGAACGCAGUUCAAUGUCGCCCUAGUCGUUUUCUAUAUUCCAUACAUUUUAGUCGAUGUGCCUUCCAACUGGGUCGUCAAAUAUUUCAAGGCCGGCCGCUACUUGCCCUUCCUGAUCACAGGAUGGGGCCUUGUUAGUACGUUCCUCGGCUUCACUAAGAGCUAUGGCGGCCUCGUGGCGGCCAGGGCUAUUCUUGGACUGUUUGAAGGAGGCCUGCUCGGUGGUAUGAUUGUCUACCUCGCCAUGUUCUACCGGCGACACGAGAUGCUGUACCGCAUCGGACUCUUUUACUGUGCCGCACCUCUGAGCGGAGCUUUUGGCGGUCUACUGGCCAGCGGGCUUGCACAGAUCAGUUCUGGUGGCUACAACGGCUGGCCGUGGAUCUUCUUCAUCGAAGGUACCAUUACAGUUUGCUUCGGCAUCCUCUCCUUCAUUUUCAUGCCCAACACGCCCGCCGAUGCAAAGUUCUUCACCGAAGAGGAGCGAUCCGUUGCGCAAGCACGUCUGAUGCUGGACGCGCAUGGCUCCACCACCAAGUCCGAUGUCAACGACGAGAAAUUCGAUUGGCACUGGGUCAAGAUGGCUCUGCUAAGCCCGAACACGAUCUUUUGCUCGCUCGCGUGGUUCUUCCUGCUCGUACCACUCUACAGCUUCUCCCUUUUCCUUCCGACCAUCAUCCAUGCUCUGGGCUACAGUGCCCUGAAGGCUCAACUAUUCACCGUUCCGCCAAAUAUGGCCGCUUUUUGCAUCGUUCUGAUCACGGCUGGCCUGUCCGACCGAUUCAAGGCUCGGGGUCCUUUCAUGAUCGGGGGCUGUCUUCUGGCAAUGAUUGGUUACAUCAUGCUACUUGCAGCGAGCCAGCCAACGGUAAGGUAUGGGGGCACGUUUUUCGUCGCGUCAGGAGUAUUCAUGGGUUCUCCAAUGGUGAUGGGUUGGCUAUCGAACAACACAGCCCCGCAUUUCGCAAGGGCAACAGCUAGCGGCUUUCAAAUCGCGUUUGCAAAUUGUGCGGCUUUCAUCGCCACUUUCACGUAUCUGCAGCAGGAUGCGCCCGACUACAAGCUCGGCCACAGCCUGAACCUUGGGGCCCUGGUCCUUUGCAUUUUGACUGUCGCGAGUGGAAUCUUCUACUGCAAAUGGGAGAACGCGAAGCGAGACCGUGGAGACAGAGAUCACCGUCUCCACGACCAGGAGGAGUCUCGACUGGGACAGUAA